CCGACCUUUAUUCCAAACGUCGUCGUGUAUUCGAUUUUAAAGUUGGUAGAACUUACCGGUUAAAACAAAAGCCCUAGAUUUGCUUGUCCCUCUCUCCCUCGUCUGUCGCUAGAUUCUGUACCGUUUGUUUCUACCCCACCGCCCAAACCCUAAAACCCAACCCAAGACAUGGCCCUCACCAUUUCCAGAACCCCAACCGGCCGCGAGUACAAGGUCAAGGACAUUUCCCAAGCCGACUUCGGCCGCCUCGAAAUAGAGCUAGCCGAGGUCGAAAUGCCAGGCCUCAUGGCUUGCCGUGCCGAGUUCGGCCCAACCCAACCCCUCAAAGACGCCCGCAUCACCGGUUCCCUCCACAUGACUAUCCAAACCGCCGUCCUCAUCGAAACUUUAACCGCCCUUGGUGCCCAAGUCCGCUGGUGUUCCUGCAACAUCUUCUCCACUCAAGACCACGCCGCCGCCGCCAUUGCCCGCGACUCGGCCUCCGUCUUUGCCUGGAAAGGAGAAACCCUGGAAGAAUACUGGUGGUGCACCGAGAAAUCUCUCGACUGGGGCCCCGGUGGCGGACCCGAUUUGAUCGUCGAUGACGGCGGGGACGCCACUUUGCUAAUUCACGAAGGUGUUAAGGCGGAGGAGGAGUACGAGAGAAGCGGGAAGUUGCCAAACCCGAAUGAGACUGAAAACGCAGAGUUUCGGAUCGUUUUGAGUAUCAUUAAAGAAGGGCUGUUGGUGGACCCCAAAAAAUAUAGAAGGAUGAGGGAAAGAUUAGUUGGAGUUUCAGAAGAAACUACCACUGGAGUUAAAAGAUUGUACCAAAUGCAAGCUAAUGGCACUCUUCUAUUCCCUGCCAUUAAUGUUAAUGAUUCUGUUACAAAGAGUAAGUUUGAUAACUUGUAUGGAUGUCGACAUUCGCUUCCUGAUGGUCUCAUGAGAGCUACUGAUGUAAUGAUUGCUGGAAAAAUUGCUGUUGUUUGUGGAUAUGGAGAUGUUGGCAAGGGUUGUGCUGCUGCUCUUAAGGCAGCUGGUGCCCGUGUGAUUGUGACGGAAAUUGAUCCGAUUUGUGCUCUUCAGGCCCUAAUGGAAGGCAUUCCGGUUUUGACUCUAGAGGAUGUUGUUGCUGAGGCUGACAUUUUUGUGACCACCACAGGAAAUAAGGAUAUCAUCAUGGUUUGUCACAUGAAGCAGAUGAAGAACAAUGCGAUUGUCUGUAACAUUGGUCAUUUUGAUAAUGAGAUUGAUAUGCUUGGCCUGGAGACUUACCCGGGUAUCAAGCGGAUUACUAUCAAGCCUCAAACUGAUAGAUGGGUCUUACCAGAGACUAAUAGGGGUAUUAUUGUUCUUGCUGAGGGACGUCUCAUGAAUUUGGGUUGUGCAACCGGGCAUCCUAGCUUUGUGAUGUCUUGCUCAUUCACAAACCAAGUGAUUGCACAGCUUGAGCUCUGGGAGGAGAGGGGAACAGGCAAGUAUGAGAAGAAAGUCUAUGUGUUGCCCAAGCACUUGGAUGAAAAGGUUGCUGCACUUCAUCUUGGGAAGCUUGGAGCUAAACUCACCAAGCUUACUCCUGAGCAAGCUGCAUACAUCAGUGUCCCUGUUGAAGGUCCUUAUAAACCUCCGAGUUACAGGUAUUAGGGGGAUUGCCCACUUCAUUGUAAACUAUGUCAGCCUUUAGGUCGUGUUUUAUUGAGACACUAGUGUGAUCCUUAGACUGAAGCAUGAUUGCCGGGGUGGAAGUUAGUUUUUGUUGACUGGAGUCAGUGUUUGGGUGAUG